UCCGGGGUCCGGCCCACGGUUGGGGUAAGAAUCCGUGCGGGCUGCAGGAUCACUGCGGGCGGCCACACUGAGCAGUCCCGGCCUUUCUCUCCCCUUCCCCCUUCCCCCUCCCACGGGGGACCCGGGCACUUUCCUGCUUGAAAUCAAAGCAAACGCAGUGAGUGCGGGAAGCCCUCAGCAGGAAACAACAAGCAGAUGAUUUGUUUAUGGGACUCUCAAACACAGCAUCAGCGAAUUCACACUAGGGAGAGGCCGUUCACCUGCUCUGAGUGUGGGAAGGGAUCCACUCGGUCGUCAUAUUUGCUGACACACCAGCAAGUUCACGCCGGGGAGAGGCCGUUCAUCUGCUCGACGUGCGGGAAGGGAUUCCAUCAAUUCCACGACAUGAUGACACACCAGCGAGUUCAUACUAGGGAGAGGCCCUUUGCCUGCCCUACAUGUGGGAAGAGGUUCACUGCGUCAUCCAGUCUGGUGAUGCACCAGCGAGUUCACACUGGGGAGAGACCGUUCUCCUGCUCAACAUGUGGGAAAGGAUUCACUCAGUUAUCCAACCUGAGAGUGCAUCAGCGGGUUCACUCUGGGGAGAGGCCAUUCUCCUGCUCAACGUGUGGGAAAGGAUUCACUCAGUUAUCCAACCUGAUGACGCACCAGCGAGUUCACACUGGAGAGAGGCCGUUCAUCUGCUCGACGUGUGGGAAGGGAUUCCGUCGGACAUCUGACUUGAUGACACACCAGCAAGUUCACACUAGCGAGAGGCCCUUUACAUGCCCUACAUGUGGGAAAGGAUGCACUACGUCAUCCGGUCUGGUGAAGCACCAGCGAGUUCACACUGGGGAGAGGCCAUUCACCUGCUCUGAGUGCGGGAAGGGAUUCACUCAGUCGUCUCAUCUGCUGAUGCACCAGCGGGUUCACAAUGGGGAGAGGCCGUUCACCUGCUCAACAUGUGGGAAAGGAUUCACUCAGUUAACGAACCUGAAAAUGCAUCAGCGGGUGCACUCUGGGGAGAGGCCAUUCUCCUGCUCCGAGUGUGGGAAAGGAUUCACUCAGUUAUCCAACCUGAUGAUGCACCAACGAGUUCACACUGGGGAGAAGCUGUACAACUGCUCCAAGUGUGGGAAAGGAUUCACUCAUGUAUCCACCCUGAUGAGACACCAGCGAGUUCACACUGGGGAGAGGCCGUACACCUGCUCUGAGUGCGGGAAGGGAUUCACUCAUUCGUCCAAUUUGUUAACACACCAGCGGGUUCACAGCCGGGAGAGGCCGUACACCUGCUCCAAGUGUGGGAAGGAAUUCACUCAGUCGUCCCAAUUGCUGACACACCAGCGAGUUCACACUGGGGAGAGGCCGUUCAUCUGCUCGACGUGCGGGAAGGGAUUCCGUCAGUCAAACGACUUGAUGAUACACCAGCGAGUUCACACUGGGGAGAGGCCCUUUGCCUGCCCUACAUGUGGGAAGGGAUACACUACGUCAUCCAGGCUGGUGAUACACCAGCAAAUUCACACUGGGGAGAGACCGUUCACCUGCUCAACAUGUGGGAAAGGAUUCACUCAGUUAACCAAGCUGAAAGUGCAUCAGCGGGUUCACUCCGGGGAGAGGCCAUUCUCCUGCUCCAAGUGUGGGAAAGGAUUCACUCAGUUAUCUCACCUGAUGACACACCAGCGAGUUCACACUGGGGAGAAGCCGUACAUCUGCUCUGAUUGUGGGAAGGGAUUCCCUUUGUCAUCUGAGCUGCUGAAACACCAGCGAAUUCACACUGCGGACAAAGAUUAAACAUGCUGUAUGCUCAAUAUACAACCCUCA